CCAUCUUUUCGCGGGCUUACAUAUUUUCGGUGAAACGAGAGCAGGGGUUGACAGAUCUACUGGGGGACACGCUCACUUUUAGUCGCAACAUGGAUAACGAGCUCAGACCAGCAGAUCGUUCUCCUCUGCAGAGACGAGCCGUUUUGACCACUCAAUGGGACUCUCUGGAGUCCAACACGGAUAACCUGGCCCAGGAGAGCAAACAGCAUCUACAAAUGCACACUGAUGAAUAUAUGCUGUGUCAAGGGAAGAUCUUGAAGGGGGAAGACUGGGAGGAUGCAAUUGCAGGUGACACAAAUGAAGAUUUCCUGCUUUCUGAUAGCAUUGAAGUUUCAGCACAGCCCCACACGAAGAGGAAACCUGUAAUUGACACCCACAUAAGUCAGCUGGACACCUAUGAUUCCUACUCAGAAUUGUGCUGCAACCCCAACUGGAGGAUCAACAAAGAGGGAGACGCCAUGAACUCUGCCCAGAAGUGUCACUACUCUUCUAGUCCGUUGCAGAAACCAUUCAUUGGAGAAUACAGAUACAUCUCUGACACAAGUUCAGCGAUGGUAUUAACUCCUAAUAUUGCUGGCAAUCAGUGUCAGCCAUACCACCUACACCCCCAAGAUGACUAUGUUAGCUCAAUAAAAACAUUUCACAUGCCUUUGGGUGAUAUAUCACCAAAGCGUAGCUCAUCUAGUAUAUCUACUAAAGCCAAUAGUGACAACACUUCCCAUAGGCAGUUCAAAGAGACCCUUCAGAAUAGGUGCCAUUUGGAUGAAAAUGUCAAUAGAUCUCUUGAGCUGACAGAGCAUUCUAUGCACUUGAAAGAAUAUAAGACUGACAACCAAAAUGAUCUAAAACACAUACCAGGAGAAUUAGUUCCAAUAUCACCCACAACAGAGAGUCCCAAGACUCUUAGAAAGAAAAAGAGGCAAAUACAGAGAGAGGACCUUGUACGACGAAACAAAAUAACGCUGGGUCGCAUCGCACCUGGUAACGGAUCUUAUGUGAAUAUGCAUGCACUCAAGCAGAAGAGGCCUCACGCUGUGAAAGAGACUGCUGAGGAGGGACACAUUGCUGAAUGUCCAAAAGACAGUUUAGACCUAGAACUGGGACUGAUCCAGAAAACACAUCAAUUGAAGGUCACCAAUUUCACGGAAGAAAGUGAGGCACAGGGGAAUAUGGAACCUUACUACAGAAGCACGGAGAAAAGUCCAGAAUGUACAACCGCAUCAAAAUGCCAAUUCUCUGGUAUGGACAGCGAACAGAAGUGUUGUCUGGAGGAGUCAGAGUGCAAAGACAACUGACAGCCUCCAUGGUCACAGCUUUGAUGGUUGCCUGGC